ACGCACCACUGAGAACAACAGCAACAACAGCGUCAAACUAUUUAAUGGCCUCUGGCCCGUUAGCAUUGGCAUUGCAUUGCAAAUGUUGCUGCCGGCACUGAGGCUCUUGCGAAUGCAGCAGGAACACCGAGCAGCAACUGUGCUCAGAGCUAUUGCUAAAAGCACCACCGCCAUCAUUUCCUAUGCAAAAGCCAUUGUGCUGCAGUUAUUCCUCAGUUGGAAAUGCAACAGCAAUAGCAACAGCAACAAUAGCAGCAGCAGCAGCAACAGCAGCAAUAACAACCACAUCAACUGCAGCUGCAUCAGGAGCAACCAUUUCAACAACGGACUUAAAAAACACUCAUGGAUAUUUUUAUUGAUAUAUUUGAAUUUAUCUGCUGAAGUUUGCUUAGCAGGAUAUCAUGAAAAGAGACUGUUACAUGAUCUAUUGGAUCCUUAUAAUACACUAGAACGUCCGGUUCUCAACGAAUCGGACCCGUUACAAUUAAGCUUUGGUUUAACAUUAAUGCAAAUUAUCGAUGUGGACGAGAAAAAUCAAUUGCUGGUCACGAAUGUGUGGCUAAAACUGGAGUGGAAUGAUAUGAAUUUGCGCUGGAAUACCUCCGAUUAUGGUGGCGUUAAGGAUCUGCGCAUACCGCCGCAUCGCAUCUGGAAGCCGGAUGUGCUCAUGUACAACAGCGCCGACGAGGGCUUCGACGGGACCUACCAGACCAAUGUGGUGGUGCGGAAUAACGGCUCCUGCCUAUACGUGCCGCCGGGCAUCUUUAAAUCGACAUGCAAGAUAGACAUCACGUGGUUUCCGUUCGAUGAUCAGCGCUGCGAGAUGAAAUUCGGCAGUUGGACCUAUGAUGGAUUUCAGCUGGAUUUGCAAUUACAAGAUGAAACUGGCGGUGAUAUCAGCAGUUACGUGCUCAACGGCGAGUGGGAACUACUGGGUGUGCCUGGCAAACGUAAUGAGAUCUACUACAACUGCUGCCCGGAACCGUAUAUAGACAUCACAUUUGCCAUUAUCAUACGACGACGAACACUGUACUAUUUUUUUAAUCUGAUUAUACCCUGUGUGCUGAUUGCAUCUAUGGCUCUCCUCGGCUUCACCCUGCCACCGGAUUCGGGUGAAAAGUUAUCGCUAGGCGUUACGAUCUUGCUCUCGUUGACCGUGUUCCUCAAUAUGGUUGCCGAGACAAUGCCAGCCACCUCAGAUGCAGUGCCGCUGUUAGGUACAUAUUUCAAUUGCAUAAUGUUUAUGGUAGCUUCAUCCGUUGUGUCAACGAUUUUAAUAUUAAAUUAUCAUCAUCGAAAUGCUGAUACGCACGAAAUGUCCGAAUGGAUUCGCAUCGUAUUUUUAUGCUGGCUGCCAUGGAUAUUGCGCAUGAGUCGACCGGGCCGACCGCUGAUAUUGGAAUUCCCGACAACGCCCUGCUCAGAUACCUCAUCUGAGCGAAAGCAUCAGAUACUAUCCGAUGUUGAGCUGAAAGAGCGGUCCUCGAAGUCGCUGCUCGCCAAUGUGCUCGACAUUGAUGAUGAUUUUCGGCACAAUUGUCGCCCCAUGACGCCCGGCGGAACAUUGCCCCACAAUCCGGCUUUCUAUCGCACGGUUUAUGGGCAAGGCGACGAUGGCAGCAUUGGGCCAAUUGGCAGCACACGAAUGCCCGAUGCGGUCACACAUCAUACGUGCAUCAAAUCAUCAACAGAAUAUGAAUUAGGUUUAAUCUUAAAGGAAAUUCGCUUUAUUACUGAUCAGCUACGUAAAGACGACGAGGACAAUGACAUUGCCAAUGAUUGGAAAUUUGCAGCUAUGGUCGUUGACAGACUGUGCCUUAUCAUAUUCACAAUGUUCACAAUAUUAGCCACAAUAGCUGUACUACUAUCAGCACCACAUAUUAUUGUCUCGUAGCCAUAUGGGCGAGGUGGUUAUUGUUAUUGGUUUUAUUAUAAAAUCA